AUCGUAAUGUCGUAUUUGUUGUUGUCCUAUAGCGUUUGUUUUACUCUUUUCUGUAUUCCUUGAUGUUUUUGUAAGAAUUUAUAAAAAAAGAAAAAUCAAUGCAAAAUGCAGAAAAAAGAAAUCUGCUCAUGUGACAUCAUACAUGAUGCGAGAAAAAGCGGGAAAAAGUCAGGCAAAGUUGUAUCACGGAAAUGUCAGUUCUUUAAUUUAUUUAUUUACACAUAUUAUGAUUCUGGCUCUUGUUUGAUUACACGAUGGCCGAUGAAUUCCCAGAUCCGGAUGAAGAAUUUGAUCUUAUUCAUCAAGCAGACUAUGAGACUUUGAGAGAGUUAGAAGAAGAUAAGUUUUUCACAAAAAGACAAUUAUCACAGCCUGGUCCCAGUGGAAUAUCUCAAACAGCAAACAGAAAUAAACAACAAGCUAGUGUCGAAGUCUCUAUUCCCUCACAACUGACAAGUUGCAAUGAAAUUAUUGACAAUAAUACACCUAGCACUAGUAGGAAACGCACUUAUGAGGAACUCUUUGGAGAUAUCAGCGAUCUUUUAGGAAAUGAUGUUUCAGUUGACUUUGAGGAACCAAAGGAAAAGAAACUUCGAUGGGAUCAACCUGAGGAAGUCAUUAAAAAAAUAUUGGAUGCUAGACAAUUGAUAUAUGAACAUACUGGAAAUAAUUUAAUGACAACAAAGUAUAAGGGAAACAAGAAGAAUUCAAUUUCCUUGCGCGUCCCACAAUGGAAUUUUGUAGCAGUCACAAGGACAUAUGAUUCUCAACGUCUGUAUGUCAGAGUUAAGAAUAUUCAGAAUGAUGUCAAACAGUCCACCAAGCCAUUUACCAACUUGCUUUCCAUACCCUAUAAACAGUUGAAAGCUCAAGCUGAAGAAGUUAUAACAAGAAAGAAAGAAUUGUCAAUACAGAUGAUAUCAAAUCUACAAGAAACAAAGAACAUAGUCAAUGAUGAGUUAUGGGUCGACAAAUAUCGACCUCGAUCCUACAUAGAAUUACUCUCGGACGAAACUGUUAACAGAGAACUCUUACAUUGGCUGAAACUUUGGGACAAGAUAAUAUUUAAUCGGAAUAUCAGUAAAAUAAAGAAUAAAACAAAAUUACCUGAGUUUGGAACGAAUGAGGAGGAUAAGAUUGAGGAAGUGGAUAGCAAAGGAUAUCCAAUAAAAAGAAUAGCUUUGCUCAGUGGACCACCAGGAUUAGGUAAAACAACUUUGGCACAUAUAGCGGCUAGACAUGCCGGCUACAAUGUUGUUGAGGUCAACGCGAGCGAUGAAAGGAGUCCGGAUAUGUUCAGACAGAUCCUCCUCGCGUCGACAGAAAUGAAAUCCGUGAUUGGCGCUGAUCCGCGACCUAACUGUUUGAUUUUCGACGAGAUCGAUGGCGCACCGGCUGCAUCCAUCGAACUUUUACUAAAGUUUGUUCAAGGAAAAUUAAUAUCAAAAACUAAAAAAGGAAAAAACCAGGCAGAAAAAAUGUCAGACGGCUGUACGCGUCCUGUGGUGUGCAUCUGUAAUGAACCGUACGCGCCAACAUUACGAACAUUGAGAGCCACCGCUGUAAUAAUACCAGUGCCGGAAGUAAGUCCCUUGAGAUUAGCCGAACGUCUAAUGGAAAUAGGGAGAAAAGAAAACUUGACCUUGGAUUUUGGCGAUCUUGUCAAAAUAGCGGAGAGGUCUGCUUGUGACGUGCGAUCUUGCGUAGGAGCGAUACAGUAUAUGGGUAAUACGGAACUGAAGGAUAACUUAUCUCUAGGUCUAAAAGAUACCCGUAAAAACUUGUUCGAUUCGUGGAAAAGUAUCUUAACGAUCCCCAUACACAGAGGAGGAGUCGUUUCUGUUUCCGAAAGGAUCGAAAAUAUCUUGAGAACGGUGCAAAAUGGUGAAACGGACAAGUUGGCGCAAGGAAUAUUUCACAAUUAUCCUGAAGUCUGCGAUCGAAAACUCGAUGAUGUGUCCACAUCGUUGGAGUGGUUUCAAUUUUACGACUUGAUAACAUCGCUCGUUAUGCACAAGCAGAUCUGGUCGCUGAUGCCCUAUACAAAUUAUGGAUUCAUCGCGUGGCACUUGCAUUUUGCGCGCAUGCAGAGAGUGAAAUUGUCUUAUCCUACAGUUUUUAACGAAGUGAAUCAAAGAUCAGCAAAGAACACAGGUAUCUUGACUGCGAUACGAAAGGUGUGCGGGCGCGAUACUUUCACCUUGACUACGGACAUUGCUGGUUUUAUGCCCGAUCUUCUUUCACCUAAAUUGCGUACAGUUCCUUCUCACUUAUAUUCGCCGAAUGAAAAAGCUGCUCUCGCUAGAAUAGUAAACGUUAUGCUCGAGUUUGGCUUGUCGUUCGUGCAGGAGAAGAAUCCGCAAGGCGGAUAUGUUUACAACAUAGACCCCAACAUUUUGGAUGUCGGUGUUCUUCCCGAUUGUAACGCACAUCGGUGUCUCGCGUACGCUGUACAACAGAUAAUCGCGCAAGAGCUGGAAGUUGAACGUUUGAAGCGUGCGAGUAUCUCGAUGGGUAUAAUCGAUCCCGAAAACGCAACGAAUUCGGAGAAUUCUAAAACUGUAGAAAAGGUUACAGAUAAACCCUCUCCGAAAAAUACUAAACAAUCUGAGAAGAGAGCAACAUUGUUAAAAGAAGUGGUAUAUAAAGAUUUUUUUGGAAAUAUCAUCACAACUGAAAACAAGAAGCAAAAUAAAACGAUAAAUCAUAUUUCACCGAGGUCUCAGAGAGGAUAUUCUCUGAUGCAGAACGUCUUGACAAAACAUGGAAUAUGGUAUAAAUAUAAAGAAGGCUGUAAUAAUGCCGUUCGUCGAAGUGUGUUCAUGGAAAAAUUCUUGUAAUAAAAUAAUUAAACAGCAUUCAUAACGAAAAAAGUA